UCAUUCACUUAGAACAAGGAAGACGGCUCUGUGAACCACAUACGACUCAUCAUGUGCAGAGGACGCGACUCGCUGCCUAUCACUUGCCUCGAAAGGGCAAAAGAGCUGAAAGCUCUGUUUGGGAGUUUGCUACAGAAGUCAGACAGCAUCACUGGGCACUCAAAGAAAAGCGACAAACUGAGGUUUAAUGUUGAGGAGCCUCUUAAAUGGAAGGAAUCAUUUGACAAUCUGUUGACCAGCCCAAGUAAGUCCACCAGAUCACUCACAGAAGUAAAUGUAAAUAAGUUUUGAGCUUUCUAUGAGA